AUGUACAUGAUAGCAUCUUUCAACGGACUUGUGUGCUGCAUCAACGGAAUUUCUGAUGAAGGUAUAGACGAUUUCCAUGGAGACCUUCAAAUCUGGAUCUGCAAUCCAUCUACUGAGGAAACUCUGCUUCUUCCUCAAACCAGGCCAUUGUUUGGGACUGAACCGUGCAUCGGAGUUGGAUACAGGACCGACAUGAGCGAAUACAAGGUGUAUUCAUCUAGCACUGGUGCCUGGAGAAACAUCGGUCCCAUGCCUCAUCGUCCAGAGGCUGUGUGUUUCAGUCCGUACAAAUCCAGCCACGUUUUUGCAGGAGGCAAGAUAUACUGGCUGGUUUCUUUGGAUGGUCCUGGGAAGGAGGUACUGUUUGUGACAAAGGAGACAGGCUUGUGGAGUUUUGAUUUGGGUACCAACAUAUGGGACAAAAAGACCAGCCCUCUUACUGAAUAUGUGAAUUCUGUGAUUUUUCCCUUCACGGAAAGUCUUGUUCCAUGCAAUGUUGGGUUGAGGCUAGAAAAGAAGUGA